AUGGAUUUGUUCAAGCGGGACGGUGGCGACAUAUACCUCUCACCUCGCGGUGUACAAGGUCUGACUUGCAGUGUUGUCUUUACAGCACUAGCAACCAUCUUUGUGGGUCUGCGUCUAUAUACCCGGGUCAAAAUCAUGAGGAGGAUGGAGUCGAAUGACUGGAUGGUUGUUAUCGCCCUAGUUAACGCGUAUAUUUUCAUGGGCUUGGAUAUGGUUGAGGCUACCAGUGGCAUGGGAAUGCAUCUCAAAAACAUCCCACCAGCGAUCCUCGAGAGGCAGAUGAAGGCGUUCUGGCUCACAAUCCCCUUCUACAAUGCCGCCGUUCUCUGCGCAAAAGCAUCCAUCCUCAUGCAAUACUUCCGCGUCUUCCCUACACAACGCAUGCGACUCGUUUGUUGGAUAAUGAUCACAAUCCUUGCGAUAUACGGUACAUGGGCAGUAAUCAGCGCAUUCUUGAACUGCAUCCCCGUCGCCAAAUUCUGGGACGACUCGAUUCCCGGAUUCUGUCUAAGUAAACCUGGGCUCUGGUUCUCGAAUGCCAGUAUGCAUAUCACCACCGACCUUGUCAUCUUGAUUAUCCCCAUUCCGGCUCUCAUCGCCAUCGAGAUACCCCGGAAGCAGAAAUUGGCGUUGAUGAUCUUGUUUGCAUUGGGUGGGUUCGUUUGUGUGACCAGUAUUGUCCGUCUGGUCAGUUUGAAGACGAUCUCCGACUCGACAGAUCCAACAUGGGAUAAUGUGGGUGCUGCGUCGUGGUCCGCGAUUGAAUGCAAUACGGGUAUCAUCUGUGCUUGUCUACCCACUCUGAAACCGCUUAUUUCUAAGCUUGCGCCUGGUCUUUUGUCUACAUUGAAUGGAAGCCGUCGACAAAAGAGUGAGCAUUUGUCGAAUUCUCGGCGAACUACAACAUGGAAUGAUGGUUCUACGCUUGGGGCACCAGCUGAAGACCAUGAGUACGGUGCUGGAGAUCCCGAACGAAUUCUCGAGCUUGUUCCCAGUGGUGCUGCCAAAUAUGGAAGACGUUGGUCUAAAGAAGACAAGAUUAAGGGUUUGGGCGUCCCUGAUAUUACAGAAAUUACCGGACUUAGGGACUCAGAGUACACUGGCCAUCAUCAGCAUACCGUCUCUGAGACGUCUGUCUAUUCGCGGAAUUGA